CCCAAUUUCAGAACGAAGAAACCCUAGUUUCUUUUACCAUCCAUUCUUCCUCUGCCGGAAAUUCAAAAGCUUUAAGGAGAAGGAAGAGCAAUCAUGUCAAGUCUACCAGAAGAGAUCUACCUCGACAUUCUACUGAGAGUACCUGUCAGAUCAGCAUUUGUUUGUAAGUGUGUUUGUAAGUGUUGGUUUCAACUCAUUUCUGAUCCUGAUUUCGUUAAAAUUCAUCUCAAUCGUACUACUAUAACCCAAACAAACAACUCCAGUGUCAUGUUCAAAAGUGGUGAUGCUAAAAAUGUGUAUUCUAUAAGUUACGAUUCAUUAUUGCAUGAAUCUGAUGAUAAUGAUUUCAUUAAAAUGGAUUUCCCCUACAAGUCUUUAAAGCGUAUUGAAUUGUUGGGUUCGUGCAAUGGCGUGGUUUACUUUUGGAGCCAUGGAAUGCAAUUAUAUUUUCUGUGGAACCCAGCCACAAAGGAAUAUAAGAAAUUACCCAAAUUAGGUACAAAAUAUAGCUAUCUGCGUAGAUGCUAUCAUGGUUUUGGUUAUGAUUAUGUGGCCGACGAUUACAAGUUGGUAGAGCUUUUUCGGAAUGAGGAGACUACUUCAGUGCAAGUGUAUUCUUUGAAAUCAAACUCAUGGAAAAGCCUUCAACCCAUCCAUUAUAAGUUACGUAGUCAUCGAGCAGGAGCAUGGUUUUUGUCUACUCGAGCGUUAUCAGGGUUGUUUUUUAAUGGAUCUCUUCAUUGGUUUGGGGGGAUAGAUAAAGAAGCAUCCUCUACAAUGAUAAUCUCAAUGGAUAUCCACGACGAAAGAUUCAAAGAAAUACUAUUACCUACAACACUAGCAAUGACACUAUCAAAGACGCACAGUUACAUUGUAGAUAUGGGAGUGUUGGAAGGGUAUCUUUGUGUACAUUCUUAUGGUAAUGAUAGUUUUGAAGUAUGGGUAAUGCUGGAUCAUGGAGUCGCAGAGUCUUGGACUAAAUUUCAUACCAUUACGCCUGAUAUUACAGUGUUUACAUCCUGUUUUUAUUUGACGUCUUUUAAGAAUGGUGAAAUUUUGUUCAACAAAGCACGGGGUCUGCUCAUUUUAUGUGAUCCAAAGUUUGGAAAUUUUAGAAAAAUAAAUAUCCAUCACCUAGACGUGGGAAGUGCAGUGAGUUAUUUCGAAAGUUUGGUUUCACUAAACUCUACUACUGCUGUGGGAAGAGGGAAAAACAAAGAAAGCACUACAAACUUGAGGAGAAGUAGAGGAAGAAGAGAAACAGGAAUGUGCUCGAGCAUAGAGGAGACUGAGAGAAGAGUAAUGCUGGAUAUUUGAUGCAAUCAGAUGGGUUGAAGAGCUGAAUCAGGAGAAUGCGCGCGUUUAAGGGGAUACAAAAUAUGGUGAUGUAUUAUCUCACUGAAAUGGCAAAUAGAACUGUUUUUGGCAUGGUUAAGUUUAUGUUUAAUUAGUCGAGUUUAUAUAUUCAGUAUGAAUGCUACUGGAUAUGUAUUUUCUUAAAGCUUUUUUUAUAUAUGUUCGGUUCUAGUAGUCUAGUGGUAC